AUGAAGAUGGGCAUAAUCGUCCACUUCCACUGCCAAAACAUGAAGACGGUGAUGGGGCCUCUCAACCUGUUGGGGUGAAGAUUUUGGCAUAAUUAUGGUCCGUACAAUGAAAAGGGGGGCAAUCAUGGCUGGAGGGAAUUCAACUAGAGACCACUGCUCCUACAAUGCACUCAAACAAUGCUCCUCCCGGAUUAUAUGCGAUGGCCAAUCCCUGUCCUUGUUCCACAAGAGCAUCAGACACAGGUUGUGGCUUGUGAACGCUCUGUUGGUCGCCAGCGCCAUCCUGGCGGGAGUCAUAGUUGGGAUAGGCAUCUUUGGCCAACGUUACCGCUACCACCGCCUAACUAGGUUCAUCUUUGUUGGAGCCACCACCUUGUUCUUGCCUGUCAUGUCCACCGCUGUCCCCUUGGUCGCUGGAUCAAACUACAAUGUCACAGACACAGAUGAGGGGCGGUUGGCUGCAAGAUGCGAUCCAGAAUUUCAAUCUCCCGUGGUCAUAGUAUGGGCAUCCCUUGUUCAGAUAAUCAUGAUCAAUACCAGUGCAAUAGUUGCUGUUGAUGACAGAGAAGGCAGAAACAUAGGUCCUCCUUUUGACCUGCUUGUUCAGGGCCUCUGGACCUAUUACCUAGGUGUCACCUACUUCACUAAUAAUAGUGGCAUAAAUUCCAGAGAUGGACUUAUUACUUUUGUUGUGCUUAUAAUUGGACUUGAAGGGAUACCUUUUGCUCUCACAUGUGCCAAAAUGGUGUUCAAAUAUUAUGCAUUUGAAAAGGCACGGCAAUCCUUUGCUCUCGGAAACAAUCCUCAUCUUAUUUUUGCCUACAUGCGGCAACCACCACCGGUACAAGCAAGGACAAGUCACCGUAGAGAAGCAGCAGCAGUAACUAAUGAGGAUGCUCCUCCUCCACCUCCACUAGUGGUUAUGGGAGAGGGAAAAAGAAACAUGGAGAAGCAGUCUCAUGGGUAUGUAUGGAAGGGUGACUCAGGCAUGGCUGUGCACGGUAAAGAUGGCCUGGUAACUAUUGACAGUGUUUGGAAGAUGACAGCCUGCUUCUUUCCGUUCUCAACACUGCAGCGACUACAAGACUUAUGCUUGUCCUUUGCGUUCUUCAAGUUGUUGCGGUGCCGGUUUGCAGGGUACAAUGUCCACACUGCUAAUGCCUCGAGUGACAUGUUCACUUUUUUCUGGAGCUUGCUGCUCAAGGAGGGAGACCACAACAGGGUGUUUCGGUUGAUUUCAGAGGAGAUUUCUUUUGUUCAUGACUAUUAUUACACAUCCAUACCGAUCUCCUAUUCCAAGUGCUGGUUGCCCAUCGUGGGUAUCUUUAUUUCACUCUUGAGCAUAACUUAUUGCAUCUUGGCUGCAACGUGGCUCAGCUUCCUUUUAGCUGUAAAUACUAGUUCACCUCAGCUUUUGUGUUUCAUCAGUUGCACUGAAAAUCAGUUGCAAACACAAUUGGACAUAAGAUUGUAUGGAAGCUGGCUCUUUGGUCUGGUGCCACUACUUUUUCUUUUAGUGUUAGUUUUCAUUACUGAGGUGAGGGACAUGGCUUCCUACGUCUGCUCUAACUGGACCAAAGUAGCCCUCGUGUGUCGCCUCCUAAACCGUGCCUCCUCCUCCUCAUCGAAGCAUUCUCUUUGCAUUCAGAAAUGUGCCGGCCUUUUGAUCCGCUGCAGAUGCAAGUUAUUGAGGAGGCAUUGGGAUGAGAAAAUUGGCCAGUUCUCAGUAUUGGUGCUUCAACCAAGAGCAACCCCGCUUGGUCUUCUCUGGUACCUUUUCCCUUUUUUACCAGACCAGAACAGGAAGGUCAGUGUGCCAGCAGUAGUGAAGGUUUGCAUCAUGCAAGCGCUAAGAAGGACUAGAGAUGAUGGAGGACAGCUCAGCAAUGGAGCAGCAUGUCUCCGCCGCUGCCGAGACCUUGGUGAAAGCUUCAACUGGGCUUGCAGCAACAAGAGUACAUCUUAUACCAUACUCACAUGGCACAUCGCCACAAGUAUACUUGAGGUCAGGUACCCAAACCUGAAUGACGAAGGACAAGGUUCUCCACCACUUUCCAACACUGACUACAAAAUGGUUGCCACCCACCUAUCACGGUACUGUGCUUACCUCGUGACAUGGUGCCCUGAGCUGCUUCCCGAUGACCACGAAUGGAGCAGGAGCCUGUACGAGAAUGUCAAGAAGGACACUCGGCGUGUCCUUGCCGGCUGCACGGCAGGAGAUUCAUUGACGCAGGAAGUCAAAUGCCAACAGCUGGUCGAAUUGCUGAGUACAAAAGCGAAGCAUCAAGUAGUCAAGGACGGCGCGAGGCUGGGAGAGCAAUUGGCGAAGCUGGUGCUACAUGGUGGUGAUGAUACGGCGUGGAAGUUGUUGGCUGAAUUCUGGUCGGAGAUGGUCCUGUAUGUUGCGCCGUCCGACAAUCUCAAAGGGCACAAAGAGGCAAUCGCCAGGGGCGGCGAGCUGAUAACGCUGCUAUGGGUGCUGCUCUUCCAUGCUGGGAUCGUCAGCAGGCCAGGCGAGAACAACAGUGCUGCUGCUGCUGCUGCUGCUGCUACCUCUGCCGCUGGUGUGGUCUAAUGGAGUCUUAUCCUAUUACCUACUACUCAUACAUGCAUGUUUUAAUUCAGGGUUGGUUUGUUAUGCUUUCGCCAACAAAAAAUCAGCGUUGGUUUUAAUUAUUUCAUACUUUGUCGCCUCGCUGUACGCCUGUCGGCCUGUGAGGUAAUGUUUCUGCAUGCCGAGUGCAUUUCAUUUGAUGAGGUGCCACUCUGAAUGAUGUUGUCGUCGCUGCUGAUGUGAUAAUGGUACUCUUGUCUUCUGUAUCAAUUGUAACUAGUCUGUUUGGUGUCCUGCCUGAAAUAAUGUUGUA